AGAAAUAUUGUUCUAUGUUUCGACGGAACAACCAACCGCUUUGGUCAACUAGGAAUAACUAACGUGAUCCGGGUCUACGAGCUCCUCGCAAAGGACAUACCCUACCAGUUAUGUUACUAUCAGGCAGGUAUCGGUACCUACGACGCUCGAGUGCCUAUUGGUAGUGAAAAAGUGCCGAUCAAAACCACGGCAGUCAAAGUGGUGGAUACUUUGUUUGCCAGAGGAAUCAAGGGUCACAUUCUCGGGGGCUACCGGUAUCUAAUGAGACACUGGAGAAGUGGUGAUAGGAUCUAUAUGUUUGGUUUC